GCCCACAAUUACCCAAUACAAUCCUGCGCAAAAACGGCGCAUGCGCAGUUGGUGUUUGAGAAAUUGUAAACCAAUUCAAAAAUUGUAAAUAAUUUAUUAAUUUGAAACGCCUUUAUUUGGUUGAAAAGUUUCCUAAUCGAUGAUAAUACUUGAAACAAAUGAAGGUUUGACGUUUUAACAAUUAAAUAGGUGUUUUCUGGCCUUAAAUUCGGCGAGAAGUAGUGAAUAGUUGUUUAGAGUGUUCAUAAUUGUCCCUUAUCAAGUUCAGAAUAGCCUCUACGCAGAAAUUGCAAUUUUGUUGUUGAAAAAUUGAGGUUAGGUUUGCCGGUUAAAAGCGUCUUAUUUGUGCGAAAAUGGAGGAGGACGACGCUAUGGACAUUGACGAGACAAUUUCCAGCGCCCAGAUAAUAAUCCGGGAAUCGACCGGGGUCCAAAUAAUCGGGGGGCCCCCCAGCCUCGACGCUUCCCAAGCGGGAGAAGCCGCCCCAAAGGCGGGCCCCCCGAAGAACCCCGACGUGGUGGUGCUGGACGACGACGAGGAAGAGCCCAUCCCGCCGUCGAAAAAGACAAAGACGGGCGAAGACAGCGUCGAGGUGAUAGACCUAGUGCAAAAAUCCGUCAACAGCAAGUGCAUCAAUUACGCCUGCAAGAGCGGCAAAGACUUGCUCGUGGCCCCCAACCUGUGCCUCAGCUACUACCGGGUGAAAAAUUCGGGUAAGGGGAACAAGGAAGUGUGUAGUGAAUGCUACGAGGUUGCAAUACGGGAGUACGACAUGCUGGCAUCCGAGCUGGAGGCGGGGAAUAUUCUGUGCAAUGUUGAGGUGCCCUUUCGCAACGACACUGUCGAGAUUGACGACUCGGACGAGGAGGAGGAGGCGGCACAAGUGCCCCCUUUGGAGGACGACAGUUUGCGCUUUUUUGAGGAGAACCUCGAGAAGGUGUUAAGCGAGACCAUGGCUCGGCUGAAUGUGGUCUCGCAUGCGGAGAACGAGGUGAAUUUCCUCAAAGCGAAGAACAACAAGAUCAAUGGCGAGUUGAGUGAGUUACAGACCAUGAUCAAAGAGACGAGAAACUCGCUUGAUAGCAUUCAGUUCAACUUGUACAAGGAGUGUCGGCCUGAAACGGUCGAAAAAUGCAUCAUUUCGAUCGUUGACGACCACUUCACCUCCACGGGCCCCAUCGUGCGCACAGAGUCGGUCCUGCCGUCCAUCACGCGCAAGAGCCAGCGCACGGCCUCCAAGCAGGUGUCGUACACCGAGGUGGACAGCCCCUCCGACAGCCCCAAGCCCGACGACGUGCCCGCCGUGGGCAACCCCGAGCCGUUGGUGGUGCGCAUCGACGAAAUGUACUACAUCUCGCGCGAGAACUCGUCCGGUUCGUGGAUCAAAGCGCGCCUCAAACGCGUGCUCUACCCCGGGACGGUCUACAACGACAACCCCUGCACCACCACCCUGUACAAAAUGGUGGAGUUGAAGCAGCACGUCGAGCGCGUCGUCGAUGGGAAAAACAUCGCGUCCAUGAAACACUCCACCAUCAGACUGGAGACCGGCACGCGCGUUAUUGCCGUCUUCAAGGAGAUAGGGCCCACGGGAGAGGCGAGAAAAAUUAGGUAUGAGCCGUUCUAUCCCGGGGUUGUGGCGGAGCCGCCGGUGGCGCAAAACAAGUACCGAUAUUUGAUUUUCUUCGAUAUUGGCUAUUCGCAGUAUGUGAAUUACACCAAUGUGCAUGUUGUUUUCGAAGCGAGUAAGAACGUGUGGGAGGAUAUGCAUGUGAAUUCGAGGCCGUUUAUUAAAAAGUACCUGGAGAGUGCCGAUAGGCCGAUGGUUAAGCUGUCGAAGGGGCACACCGUUAGGGUGGAGUAUAAUGGAAAGUGGGUUUUGUGUAAAAUUAUGGAGGUCGAUUGUUCACUCGUUUUGGUUUAUUUCGAAUCGUUGAAUCGUAUGGAGUGGAUCUACAGAGGAUCGACUAGGUUGAGUCCGAUGUUUAAGGAGGAGCAAAAUGCGACGAAAAGACACACUGGUGGACGGACGUCCAAUAGGAAGCAAGGGCCGAGCGAAUCUGCCACCAUCGUGCAAUACACGAAGAACUCCGACUUCGAGAAGCCGGCCGAAAACAGCCGAACCGUCCGUGCCGUGGCUCGGAAAAGCACCGCCCGCCCCGAGAACACCACUUCCGGGGGCUUCGUGCCGUUCCUUCCCCAAGUCAACAACAUCCCCCCUGUCUUCAGUGAACCGACCAGCAAAAUCAUGUACUUCACACCACGUGACCAAGUCAUCACGCAGCGCCUCUACCGCCCCCACACCUGCUCCCCGGCCUGCAAAGACUACGUCCGCCACAGUCUGGGCAAGUUGCGCGGCCACAACCCCCUGUCGAAGCCGCUGCUGUGCGGGUGGGCCCGAAUGACUCUGAAAGUGAAAGGGCGGAAAGAAAUCGUGUAUAAAGCUCCGUGCAGCCAGAUUUUGCGCAACAUGAAGGAGGUGCACCAAUAUUUGCGCGUGACUAAGAGCGAAAUGACGGUCGAUUUGUUCGAUUUCAACCACAUGGUGCGGUGUUUGGCCGAAUUCAGCGUCGAGUGCAACCCGGACCCGAAGGAUCUGUCCAAGGGCCUGGAACAGGUCCCGAUCCCGGUCAUCAACGGGAUCAACAACGAAAUGCUCGAUUUUUGCAAUUAUGCCACGAAACGUGUGCCCAUGGAGGAUGUUCCGUUGAACACGGAUCCGGAGUUUUUGAUCGGGUGCGACUGCACGGACGAUUGUUCCGAUAAAAUGAAAUGCGCGUGUUGGCAGCUGACGCUAGAGGGCGCCAAGUAUAUGGGGAAGAACGUUGAUCCGAACUCGAUCGGUUAUGUCUAUCGCCGGUUACACGAACAGGUUUUAACCGGGAUUUACGAGUGCAAUUCGCGGUGUAAAUGCGCAGCGACUUGUCUGAACCGAGUGGUUCAGAACCCGAUGUCGAUUAAAUUGCAAGUGUUUCGGACGCAUAACAGGGGCUGGGGGAUCAGGUGUGUCAACGAUGUGCCGCAAGGCACGUUUAUAUGCAUUUAUGCGGGGACUAUUCAUACCGAACAAAUGGCCAAUGAGGAUGGGGUCACCUACGGCGACGAGUAUUUCGCCGAGUUGGACUACAUCGAAAACUGCGAAAAACACAAGGAAGACUACGAGAGCGAUGUCAACGAACCGGACAGCCCCCGGAGCCGUUCGGCGACUCCGGAGGACGAAGAAGAGGAGCAGAGGCCGGACGGGAGGCGGCGCCGUUGGCAGAGACACCCCCAAGACAACGAUUUCACCCCCAGUUACCCCCUCGUGAGUGGCGACUUCGAGAAUUCAAUGAGGUUGAGGCGCCGGAAGGAGGAGGAGCCGAAAGUCGAGGAGAAAUUCUUCAAAAAAGAAGAGAAAAUUCCACUCGAGAGUGUUACCACUGAGAUCGAAACCGUCACGAUUUCAGACGAUGAGGACGAUCCAAAGGAAGUUUUGAGUUUUAAUCCAAAGUCGGGGUCAGACCUGGACGAUAACAAGCCGAGUCAAGUGUCAGUGCGCAGUUUCUUUGGGGAGGAGGAGCCCUACAUCAUGGAUACGAAAAAUGCGGGAAAUAUUGGCCGGUUUUUAAAUCACUCGUGUUCGCCCAAUGUCUUCGUCCAGAACGUGUUCGUGGAUACUCACGAUCUGAGGUUCCCGUGGGUCGCCUUCUUCUGUUCGCAGUUUAUCAGGGCCGGCACUGAACUAACAUGGAACUACAACUACGACAUAGGGAGUGUUCCAGGACGGGUCUUGUACUGUCACUGCGGCUCGUUGGAGUGUAAAGGAAGAUUAUUGUAGGUUGUGUAACAACAAAGAUUGCGUCUGUUUUUAAAUAAUUUUAUAAUAAUACAUCAAUUUCUUUAAAUCAAUCUA